GCUGGCCCACCCGUCAGGUGCCACGUGGGCGAGGCCAGACGGCGAGUGGGUUGACGGCCGUUACGGCACGCGCGUGGUCAAAGCGGUCGCGGCUCUGACUGCUUGGCCCAUUCUCCCCUCUUUCCCCCGUCUCUCUCUCUCUGUCCUGCGAUGGCGGCGGCGGCUAAACCUACCGGCGGCGGCGGCGAGUCAGCAGGCGGCGGAGGGACUGGAGGCGAUGGUGAUGGGUUCUCGGAGGUGGACAACUGGUUCGGCAGCAGUAGCUUGCUGACGCAGCGGGCUCCUUCACCGGAGCGAUCCCCUUCGCCCCCCUCGCCGCCGGAGUGGGACAUAGAGCGCCGUGCGGCGGCGGCCCUAGCACGCAAGAUCAGGGCUUCAGGCGUGGGAGAAGGCCAUCAGUGGGCUUCAGGGUUCGGCGGCGUGUGUUUGGAUGAUGAGAUAUGGGAAAUAAGGUACCAUUUUCAAGGGAGAGACAACUUGGAGAGGACCAUUUCUCUGUCAGAAAUUACUUAUAUUAACAUGUUAGCACUGCUAGAGACUGAAGAGGGAUAUACUGAAGCUGACUACAUGUUCUAUAUGAAAGAAGAAGGAAAGGGGGCAGUAGGAAUGCAGGUUAUUGACAGUGAAGAUAGUGUGGAAGAGAUGCUAGACUAUUAUGCUGAGCAGAAGGUGCUCAACAUAACUGUAAUUAAGGCUAAUGAGCCUAAUCCAGGAGAGUUUAACAGGUCAAAUAUUGUGGAGGAACAAGUGCCUAUAAGUAAUGUGGGGGAUUCCAACAUUAUUUCUAUAGAUGAGGCAGGAGUAUUGUUCCCUAUUGCUGUUGAAGACACAGUUGAAGAGCUCUAUGCUGUGCCUAUUGCUGUUGUAGAGCCAGGUGAAGAGUCUGCAUAUAUUAAGACACAACAGAGCAUGAAUUUGAAGAAAGCAAAGGGCAAAGAGAAAUUACAGGAAGAUGUUGGCCCCUCUGAUGAUGAAGUGUUUGUUGAUUUGAACUGUUGUGAGGACUGCUCUGAGGAGGAAGAUGAAAUCAUUGAGAAGGAAGAUGAAAUCAUUGAGGAGGAAGAGCAUGACAUAGGUAAUGAGGAGGAAGAUGAAAUCAUUGAGAAGCUGAAGCAGAAAAGGAAACAGAGAGAGGAUCCUAUGCAUCACUUUGAAGGAGACACAAAAGUGGAAGAGAUGUGUCCAGAGGCAGAGGACUCAGACACAGAACCUGAGACACCUCUUCCUCAAACAUUCAAGAAAGUAGGCAAAGCAGGCCCCACUACAAGAUCACACCAUGAAGCUGACAUUGAGGUAAUUCCUGAUUUCAUUCCAUCUGAUGAUUCUGCUUGUUUCCCUGGGGACUAUGGCAUUAGUGAUUCAGAUGAUGAGUCAGGUCUACCACUGCCCUGUGGAAGGAAGAGUCAAGCCAAGAGGGCCAGGACUAGGAUCUGGUAUGAUGAGACCAAGCCAGAUGCUCAUGACCAACUUUGCUUGAGUAUGUGCUUCACUGAUGUGUAUCAGUUUAGAAGAGCACUUAGGAAUUUUCAUAUCAGAAUCCUUAGAAAUUUCCAGUACCAUAGGAACUGCAAGGAUAGGAUCAUUGUGCAUUGCAAAGAAAGGGACAAUGGGUGUCCUUUUUUCAUGACUGCAUCCACAAUUGCUCAUGAGAAGACAUUCUGCAUCAAGAAGAUGAAGUUGUUGCACACUUGUGGUGCACAUGGAGAAAAAACCAAAGUGACAGUUGACUGGAUGGCCAGAACAUGUGAGCAGCAACUGAGAGAUAAUCCAAGGGCUGGUGUUGAUGCAAUUUUAAAAAGAACAAAGACUAAGUAUGGGCUGGAAGUGCCAAAGACCAAGGCCUACAGGGCAAGGUCAUUGGCCAUUGAAGUGGUGGAAGGUGACAUGAAGGGACAAUACACAAGGUUUAGGGAUUAUCUUCAAGCUGUGCUUGAUACCAACCCUGGGAGCAGAUGCAUUGUGACUACCAGAGAGCUUGAGCUCCAUCCUAGCCCAAAUCCUAGGUUCCACUACAUGUUCUACUGUCUGAAUGCUUCAAAAGAAGGUUUCUUGAAUGGGUGUAGGCCCUUUAUAGGUUUAGAUGGUUGCUUUAUCAAGCUUUCUACUGGGCAACAGAUACUUGCUGCCACUGGUAGGGAUGGGAAUAACAACAUAUUCCCUAUUGCAAUUGGUAUUGUUGAUAAGGAGGACAAGGAAAGUUGGACUUGGUUUCUUAGCCAAUUAAGAGCUUGCAUUGGAGAGGGGAACAAGUGGGGCACAUACACAAUCAUCUCUGAUAGACAGAAGGGGCUGUUGAAUGCAAUUCAAGCUGUGUUCCCACACUCACCUCAAAGAUAUUGUCUUAGACAUAUCUAUGCAAAUUUCCAGUCAGCUGGCUUCAGGAGUGAGGAGUUGAAGAAGCAUAUGGACAAUGCUGCAUAUUCAUACACCAAGAAUGGUUUUGAGGUUGCAAUGAAUGAACUGAGAAAGGAGGAUGAAGAUGCUUGGAAGUGGCUUUGUGAUAUCCCUAAAGAGACUUGGGCAAGGCAUGCUAUGGAUCACACAUGCAAGACAGACCUAGUAGUUAACAAUCUUAGUGAAGUGUUUAACAAGAUGAUACUAGAUGUGAGGAACAAGCCAAUAAGGAGCUGUGUAGAUGGAUUCAGAACUAAGUUGAUGGUUAAGUACCAAGCAGUUAGAGAGAAGACAGAGAAGAGUAAGUGGGAGAUAACACCCACUUAUAUGGAGAAGUUGGAGGAGUCAAAGAAGUACUCAAGGCAAUGCACUGCAUACAUGGCAGGUCCUGGUAUUUGGCAAGUCACUAGUGGGGAGUCUACCUACUGUGUGAACCUUGAUAAGUGGACCUGUGACUGCAAGAAGUGGGACCUAUGUGGUUGGCCAUGUAACCAUGCAGUUUCUGCCAUUACAAGAGUGAAGGGGCAGCCAGAAGACUAUGUGCAUGAGUUCUUCAAAAAACCAUUGUAUAAGGAAACAUACAAGCACAUCAUCUACCCUGUACCAGGGCCUGACUGUUGGCCUAGGACACCAACUGCUGACAUAGAUCCACCAGUGUUCAAAGAGAAGAAGGGCAUGAAGCAAACAUCUAGGAGGAAGGGGCAAUUUGAGGUCCCAACAAAGAAGGAUACAUCAAGGAUGGCAACUAUCACCUGCAGCAACUGCAAGAUGCAGAAACAUAGGUACACCUACUGCCCUCUGCCCCUGAAGCCUCAUCUUCAGGCAAGAAAGGACAAGCACAAGCCUGCUACAUCUACCAGGGGAAGAAAAACAACUGCUGCUUCUACUCGUCUUGCCCAGCCUGCUGCUUCUACAAGGCCAAGAAGAACAACUGCUGCUUCUACAAGGGCAAGCAUCACCAUUGAUGCUUCUACUACUUCCCAGGCUACCACAAGAGCUUCAGGUUCAAGCAAUGCAGCCAGCAGGAGAGGUGGAAGGCCCUACAUGGCACCUAGGGCUGCAACUACAACAGAGGGAGCAACAGUAGGGUCUAAAAGGAAGAGGUUCCAGAGCACCAGGAUGAGGGGUUACUUUUAUGCCAGUGGCAACUAG